UUGCUCAGCCCGUCACCGUGAGAAGCAUUAGCUACAGAAUCGUAGGACCGAAAGCAGACGCGUAGCCUACAUCUCGCAAAUCUGUCAUCUUAGAAAUCAUCACUGGGGUGGAAGACCGUUUCAACUGUGUGUCGCGAUCGGAGCAUUCGCGACAGAGUGGAGCAACCCAAAGUCAGCGGUCGCUGUAAAUAACGUACGACCACGGACAUGGCGACGACCAGCCCCUGUGUUGUGAUCAGCGACGAGGAGCAGGGCUACGACCUGGACCUGUUCUGCAUUCCGAAGCACUACGCUGGAGACCUGGAGCGGGUCUACAUCCCGCACGGACUCAUCCUGGACAGGACGGAAAGGCUAGCACGGGAGAUCAUGCAGGACAUGGGGGGACACCACAUCGUUGCCCUGUGCGUGCUCAAAGGGGGGUACAAGUUCUUUGCCGACCUGCUGGACUACAUAAAGGCCCUGAACCGCAACAGUGACCGCUCCAUCCCCAUGACUGUGGACUUCAUCCGGCUAAAGAGCUACUGCAAUGACCAGUCGACGGGUGAGAUCAAGGUCAUCGGGGGAGACGACCUGUCGACCCUCACAGGGAAGAACGUCUUGAUCGUGGAGGACAUCAUCGACACAGGAAAGACCAUGAAGACCCUGCUGCAGCUGCUCAAGCAGUACAACCCAAAGAUGGUGAAGGUGGCCAGUUUGUUGGUGAAGAGGACACCAAGAAGUGUUGGAUACAGGCCAGACUUUGUAGGAUUUGAAGUUCCCGACAAAUUUGUGGUGGGGUACGCACUAGACUACAACGAAUACUUUAGAGAUCUAAAUCACAUCUGUGUCAUCAGCGAGACGGGAAAGGAGAAAUACAAGGCGUGAGGAAGACUGCACCUCCCCGUUUAGCUGUGUACGAUUGUUCAUAUUUUUGCCAUCGAUGCUGCAGAUCAUUUUUAAACAGUGACUUUGUUGUUUUUUUUGUUUUUUUUAAUGAUUGUUGAGCAUAUCAAGUGCACAUUCCCAGAGGCAUCCAGGUCUUACUCUCAUGCUAUGGGGCACCUUGAAUGUGCUAGCACGUACCUCACUUUUACCAUUUGCAAGCAAAAUCAAAUCAGUUUCUGAAGCCCAGUUUGUUUUGGACUGGCUGGGCAUUAGUGUACUAUAAUCUCCAGGCCUGGAGGCCAACAGUGUGUAAUGGUUUUAUGUGGUUUCUUCUCAAUCAGCAGCCAAUUCAGGCUUUGUAAACAAGAUGUGUGGUCUCAAUCGUAAAUGAAGGAGUGAAGUGCUGAAACACACUGAAAACCAGCAGCCGAUGCAGACAUCCAGGGGCUUCUGCUCUGAACCGCAUGCAGAAGGACAAUGUAUUUAAUGCUGACUCGGUGGGGUGCGGCUUUCACAUUGCCAUUGGCUGGAAAUUCAAAGGGCAAAACGUCACUUGGGUUCGGUUAUUCUUUCGCUAAAUUUAAGACAAUCCCUUUAUUGACAACAAUCUCAACCUUAUUUCAGCAUGAAAGGGCUGUGUAGUGUCACGCCAACCCCUUGGAUUCCUGUGCUGAUUGCAGAUUCCACUUCUCACAUUGGCUUGUAUUUUAAUAAACUUCCUCGAAUAUAAAUCAUUCGUAGUUAUACUGAACUAACCAUACGAGUUAAAUCUAUUGUGCUAUAAUGUAAUUGAGAGGAAUUUUAAGGAAAGGACAUGGUCCAGUUAGACUGAAUGUAUGUAUCAUUCUGGUAUAACCCAAUUCCCAGGCCAACAAAGUUUGAAAACUGCAAACAGCUAAUCCAGUGGCUGACUACAGACACGCUUUGCUUUCUGACAGGGAGGUAAAAACCAAAACAGCCAUGGUUGUGUAAGGUGGGUGUAACUAUCCACUACUUGACCUGCAGGUGCUACAGUAUUUCAUCUUGAUCAAACAGAGCUACCGCUCUCUGGUGGCAGCUUGUGGAACUGCACCCUUUCUCGUGCGUUCCUGUACUAUACCAACCAAUCCCUGCCCCAUUAUUCUUCUCCAAACCCCCCCCCAAAAAAUAUAUUGCCAUGGACUGUAACCUGGGGAUACCAUAAUUGCUCAUUAAGGUUAUAACUUAUUCAUACCUCUUUUUAUGCUUAUUCUGGUGACUAUGUACAUUCAAUUAAUAUAUUUUGCUUGUUUUUUGCAUUUCAAUAAAUUAUUUAAUUUCCACUGUAUAAAAAUCCCAUUUCUAGUGCCUUAUCUGCCUGGUUACGGGGUGACAAAUCACACCCAUCAAUAUUUACAUUUGAAAAUGUCUGAAUUGAGUUCCAUCUUCAGUUCAAACAAGAGAGAUGAAGGCAUGUUUUCAUUACAAAGUAAUGCCACACUGGGUUUAUUUACAAUAUUGCUUUUUGGAACAGGGCAUCAGUAGAUUUGUGGGAAAUACACAGUAGGAGAUGGCAGCCACAGGCAUCACAAUGCCUCUGGUAUUCUGUACUGGGGGCGAGAUACACCGGAGAAAAAAACAUGAGAAACAAGUCAAUCCAUCUUCACACUACUGGAGAUAUGCAUACAGGUUGCAAUAAAUACAGAAUAUGCUUGUAAUAUGGUAAAUAACUAUCUUUUUUUGGAGGACAUAGCACCAUCAUAUGGCUGCAAGUGCUAUCAUUCCAUUUCAGAUCAAAUACAGGACAUUGCCAUGUGAAAUUUCAACAAAUUCUAAUAUUUUCCUGGAAUGUUCCAUACAAAAACGUAUGCAAAUUAAUUUUCAGUAAUAACUUUGCUCGUUGUUUUUACCAAAUCUCUGAGACAAAGGCAGAAAACCUGACAGAAUAACGGGUAAUGUCCCAUAUUUCAGAAUAACAUGAAACCAACACAAAGUGAUGUUUAUAUUACAUAAUAUUUCAUCACCGUUUUUGGGUACAGUGGUUUCAAUGUGCACAUGAACUGAGGGGUUGAUGUACAAAAUCUUGAUAGAGCAGAUUUGUUUCCAUGGAACUGCAGUUUGCUUUACAACCUACAGGGGGCAACUGUAAGCUGUAGCACCAUCAAAGCUUCCUGUUUUUCAGUUCAUUUCUGAAGAGGGGACCUAUUGUAUGUGUGCUAUGCCUGUCUGGCCCAGAGCGCACUGCUUUUCCCAUUGUCGUCUUUGUCACAGACUCCACCAAUAAAGAUUAUGUUUUCAAAACAUACCGAUUAUAAAGUU